CACACGCACACACCCACACACACACACACACAUAUAUACAGUAUAUAUAUAUAUAUUGGAGUAACAAAGCAUAAAUCCCAACUUGAACCUUUCUGAGAAUCUGUAGAGGAAGUUAAAGAUUAGGGUGAUGGCCAGGAAGCCUUCCAGUCUUGAAAACAAGUAAGCUGCUCAGCAAUUAUGAAGUUUUAAUUGAUGUAAAAGCCAAUAAAGAUUUUUUCACUCAUCAUUGAGAAGGGCAUAAAUAAUUUUUGACAUGUGUUUUCUUUGUUUUAUUUACUUUUGUUAAUAAAAUGUAAAUAAAAAAUAGAUUUUCCAUCUCUUGAGAGACACUUGUCUAAUUACCAGAAACGUGUUGGUUUAAUAAAUAUAAUUUCAUUCUCUAGAUCAGUCAGCACUGGACAUUUUUUAUAUGAGCAUGGUUGUUGGAUUGUUCUUUGCAUUGUUUUUCCAUAUCACAGUGAUUGUAGUCUUUUUGGCAGGUUACAGCUCAGACAGUAGAGAUCUGUGCUUGACGGUUGUGGGCUGUGUAAAUAGUGUUUGGGUCAAAGUUUAGCUCCCUGGCCAAAGUUUGUUGCAUUUUCGUUGGACAAGAGAAGGUAAGCUUCAAACUUUUCUGGAGAAUCUGUUUUUGAUAAAGGUCUGGUUUGAGGAAAUAAUAAUAAUAAGCUGCAAAAUGUGGUCUCCUGCUAUGUACUGUAUGUUCCUAUUAUUCUAUAACUACUUUGGAUUUAGGUAUUUAUUUCAUGUUAUUGGACAAAGUUUUUGUUUUCCUUUCAAAAAAUCUUUCUUGUAUUAGUUAUUUUUCACAGCUUGUUUUUCUUUAUUAAAUAUGUUUUUUUUGUUUCCCCUUUGGAAAGUUAUUGUUUUUAAAUAUCCUCAAAACUAAAACGUGCAUUAAAACCCAAAGAACUGGUUUUGUUUUCAAGCUAGUUCUGUAUACAGAGGCUAAAGAGGAUUUCUUUCGUGGCAAUUAAACUACAUCUCUGCUCCAAUGUGCAGUUUUUAAGAAUUUCCUUUUGUUGCUGUUGCUGUGUGCCAUGGAGAAGAAGCAAAAUGAAAGCGCUCCUGUUUGGGUAUUUGUGUGUCUAUUUGUGAGAGUGGCCCCAGAAAAGGGGAAAAGGGUGAUGGGAGUUUGUGCCAGAUAACUGGGAUAAAAAAAAAGCCCCCACAAUGGCUGAAUAGGAUCUGUACCUUGUAGUGGCAAACCCACUUUGAAAGCUGGAAAAAUACUUGCAAGAAGCCAAGGACUACGUUUUCUCUUUGAGAAUCUGAGGUAAAAUUGUUCUUCAUUCUAAUAAUGGCAGAUAUUUUCUGAAUAUCAUUUUCCAGAAAUCUUCUGCUUUACACUUUUGAUAGCUAUAGUCUUUUGAAACUUGACCUCUGAUAUUUUUUUCCUUCAUCAAUUAAUCUUUGAGUUGUAUUGUCUCAUAAAUUCUAAAUUAGCAGCUGGUACGCGUUUUCCUCUGUUUCUCAACAGUAACAAUAGCUAAAUUUGUAACUGUUUCUUUGGGAAAAGUAGCAAUAUAGGUUGGAGUGAUAUGUUUAAUUGGUUUAAAAUCUGAGUUCCAGCUGCCUAAAACCUGAUUUAAUGAAACUGACUAGAGUGAGAGUUUAGACUGCUUUAUUCAAAGUCUGCAUGUUAUCAGGUUUUAUCACAAAAAUCUCAGCAGAAUGAAGGACCUGAAGAGAGCCUUCCAGUUCAUCCUCAGAAGAGACGUGAGGCUCUAUCAAAACACUGCGAGGAGCAAAGAUUUCCACUUCAACGUUCAUCCGUCUGUGUCUCAGGCUGUGGCACAAAACAAGCCGGUGGUUGCACUAGAGAGUACAAUUAUCACCCAUGGCAUGCCCUACCCACACAACCUGAGCACUGCAAAGGAGGUUGAGGCCAUUGUGCGAGCCGAAGGAGCCACUCCUGCCACGAUCGGCGUCGUCGAAGGGGAAAUCUGUGUCGGAUUGUCGUCAGACGAGCUUGACCGUCUUGCUCGAUCCAAAAGCCCCCUGAAGGUGUCUCGACGGGAUCUGCCUUAUGCUGUCAGCAAAGGUCUCUCCGGGGGAACAACGGUCUCAGCCACAAUGAUUGCAGCACACAGAGCUGGGAUCCCUGUUUUUGUGACAGGAGGCAUCGGAGGAGUCCACAGAGAUGGACAGAACAGUCUGGACAUCAGCGCAGAUCUAACAGAGCUUGGCAGAACUCCCGUCGCUGUCGUCUCUGCCGGAGUCAAGUCUAUCCUGGACAUCGGCCGCACCCUGGAGUUCCUUGAGACACAAGGUGUGUGUGUUGCAACUUAUGGUGAAUCUAAAGAUUUCCCAGCAUUCUUCACUCCAAACAGUGAAUUCACCUCUGCGUGUAAUGUCCGCAAUCCUAGCGAGGCUGCAGAACUUAUUGCAAGCACUUUGUCUCUGGGUCUUGAAAGUGGCCUCCUGAUAGCAGUACCCAUCCCAGAGGAGCAUGCAGCCACUGGCCAUCAGAUACAGGAAGCCAUGCAAGCUGCAGUGACAGCAGUCAGUUCUGAAGGUAUUACAGGCAGAGACGUAACACCGUUUAUUCUUCAAAAGGUCAACGAGUUGACUCAAGGAAAGUCCCUGCAGGCCAACAUUGCUCUCAUUCACAACAAUGCUAAAGUCGGCAGUCAGAUAGCCUGUGCAUUGUCAAAGCAGAUGAGUGAAAAAAGAUCAAAAAGUCAAGCUCAGCAUCCUGGAAAACCCCCAAAUGGCUCAGAAGUUGUUGUUAUAGGAGGAAUAAAUGUUGAUUUUAUUGCCAAAGGGAAAACAAAAACACUUCAUUUUGGACAGACAAACCCAGGAAGCGUCUGUCAGUCGUUUGGGGGCGUGGGACGGAACAUCGCUGACUCUCUGAGUAGGCUAGAAAAGACGCCGCUGUUCAUCUCCGCCACUGGAGCUGAUGCAAACAGUGAUGCAGUCUUUAACCACUGCAAACAUAUGAACACAAGUGGUGUGGCCAGACUGGAAAAGCAGAGCACAGCAACGUACUGCGCUGUUAUCAACGACAAUGGGGAACUGAGUCUUGGCUUGGGAGACAUGGACAUUCAUCAGCAAAUUACAGAACACUAUGUUUCACAGUUUGAAAAACAGAUUUCAUCCGCCUCACUUGUGUGCCUUGAUGGAAACAUCCCCGUCUCCACCAUCAACUAUGUCUGUUCUCUUGCUGGGAAGCACAACUUAAACAAUGCAGAAAAGGCUUGUAAGCCUUUCCUCUCAGAUGCUUGGAAGUCUUUGUCCUAUUCGUCUCCAAACCUGGCAGAAUUGUGCAUGAUGAACAAAACUCUGGGUCUCACGGUUCCUGAAGAGCUGCCUACCUCUCUUGAUGGGAUCCUGACGGUUGCCGUGGCUCUCUCACGCCCUCUUCUGGAGAAUCUUCACUGUCUGGUGGUGACUCUUGGGCCUGAUGGUGUGCUGCUGUGUGGCCAACACGAAGCAGGCUCAGUUGACCUGCAGCCAAGGAAACAAAAAAGCAAGCGGCAGCUUUGUGCGCUACACUACCCAGCAUUGACCGUGACUCCAGAGGAGACAAUGAAUGUGUCAGGAGCAGGAGACAGUUUUGCAGGUGCUUUAACGGCAGGGAUUCUUCAGAAAAAAGACACAGACAGCUGCGUUCGGAUGGGCCUCCUGGCCGCGAGGAUGUCCCUGUCAUCACCACAUCCCAUCUCACCAACACUCACCUUAGACUCUGUGGAUCCCAGCAAAGUCCAGGCACCAAAAUGGCCCACGCCGGGCUUUGUUUGGCUCGAUUGAGAUUUAAAUUCCAGAGUUUUCUUUGUGUCUUUUCAUGUCUCACAAUUAUUAUUCAAGGAACUGUUAUAACGUUUGACCAGACAACCUGUUUCUCAAAGCUUUUUCAUCCAAAUGUGUAUGUUACCUUUUUAUUAUUCUAUAAUAAAAUACUUGAAGGUACUUUAACUGAAUUGUACUUUCUUAUUUUUAACUUUGUUACCUCACAAUUUCAAGUUUGGUUUCUAAUAAUAUUAGCUUUUAGGGUAUUUGUAUACAUAUAAUGCACUUGUUUGGGAGGCAGGCCAGAAAAAAAUUACUUUUCCGACCUAACACCACAGUUAUAAACACAGUUUGCUAAACUUAUUUGGGACUUUAACAGGAAUAAUUGUGCUUUGCAGAAAAUAUGAGGAUUGAUAUUUUUCAGCAACAAACACUCCAGGUGUUUCUGAUGUUAAACAAAGGAGGAGACUGAAUUAAAUAAAAAUAAAAAAUCAAACCCACUUUUAAGUAUAGUAAGGGUUAUGUGAUACUAAUGUCCUAUUUCUGUACCAAAACUCCUUGGAAACUUUGAAUUUUAUGUCAUCAAAUUACAGAAAAUUUUAACAAAACGAAUCUGGUUGUCUCUACAAAUAAAAGGAACAACAAAUGUC